GCAAAGCUGAGUCAGUUGCCAACAGUAAAGAUGGUUUCCUAGAUUCGGGCGGAAGUUACGUGUCUCACUGCUCCCAAGUAGAAUUUCUGCGCAGUGACAGGCUUGAAUGGCAUCCAUUAGCAGAGUAAUGCGUGCAAUACGAGUGUUUGAAUUUGGAAAGGCCGAUGUCCUUAAACUCUGUACAGAUUUGCCACUGCCUUCACCGGUAGAAAAUCAGGUAUUAAUCCGAGUCCAUGCUUGUGGAAUAAAUCCAGUUGAGACCUAUAUUCGAGCUGGAACCUAUGCCAGAAAACCAACCCUACCAUACACCCCAGGAACGGAUGUGGCUGGUGUUAUUGAGAGUGUUGGGAAUGAUGUGACUUCAUUCAAGAGAGGUGACCGUGUGUUUGCUACCAGUACCAUCACAGGAGGCUAUGCUGAAUACACCAUUGCUUCUGCAGAUACAGUUUAUCCGUUGCCUGAUGUACUGAGCUUCAAGCAGGGAGCAGCCAUAGCUGUGCCAUAUUUUACUGCUUACAGGGCCCUUUUUUCCAAGGCAAAUGGGAGACCUGGGGAAGUGGUCCUUGUUCAUGGUGCAAGUGGAGGAGUGGGGAUAGCAGCUUGCCAGAUAGCUAGAGCAUAUGGAUUCCAAGUUUUUGGUACAGCAGGUACCCCUGAAGGUUUAAACUUGGCUCUUAAAAAUGGUGCACACAAAGUAUUCAAUCACAAAGAGAAAGAUUAUAUAGAUAAAAUUCAGGAUGCUACUGGUGGAAGAGGCGUUAACAUUAUUUUAGAGAUGUUAUCCAAUGUUAAUCUCAGCUAUGAUCUAAAACUUCUGUCAGCUGGUGGCAGGGUUAUUAUUAUAGGCUGCAGAGGGCCAAUUGAAAUAAACCCAAGGGAUACUAUGGCUAAAGAAACAAGUAUAAUAGGAGUAUCACUCUUCAGCGCAACUAAGGAAGACAGAAUGGAGACAGCUGCAGCACUCUUUGGUGGGAUGGAGGCUGGUUGGUUAAAACCACUUAUUGGGCCUGAAUAUCCUCUAGAAAAAGCAUCACAGGCUCAUGAAGACAUUAUACAAAAUAGUGGAGCCACUGGCAAGAUGGUUUUUGUGAUCUGAAUAUCUUUUCCUGAUCACAAAAUUUUGAGGAUAAUCAUGAAUGAAGAAUGGAAAGAAAGUGAGAUUUACAUAUUUCUCUGCAUAAAAAUAAACAAAAUAUAAAAACAAUCCUUUCUCAUUGCCCUGAAGGUACACAAUAUACAUAAUAAUAAUUCAUGAAUGGAAAAAAUCAAGCAUUCCUCUGAAUUCCUUUCUAGUUUCUAGCCCCUGGGCUGAUUCACUCUUGUCAUGUUUAUUGCCUUGAUCAGGUUCAGUGACCAUAGAUUUCAGGGCCCAAUAUUAGAAACUGAUACUGCCCAAUUAAAGUUUAUGCUUAUGAGCUCAUUUAUUACAGAGGCUCGAGAGGCAAAGUGUUAUGUUAUGCCCCCCCAGUGUCAAUAACUAAAGCAAUAUGCAAUUGGAAGUCAGUGAAAGGCGUAAUCAGUGGUGUAAGGAUGUCCAGUGAGAGCCUCUACAAGGAACCUGCUAAGAACUGGAAUGCAAAUGUUGCAGAUGGUGAAUCAAAAAGGUGGUAACCCCCAAUGUGGAUAGACUCUAAGAAAUAUGCAUAUUUUAUGAUGUUUGUGAGUGCAUUGGUUUUCGAUUUGGUGAUUAAAUUUUAAAGAUUU